GGGAGGAGCUUGUUGGCCUUGGAAACAUGGCGUCGCACUGACAGCUUGGAUUCUCAUACAUUAUCGUCUUCAGCCACUCAGUGGCUGAGCCAUACACGGAGCUGCUCGAAGGGGUCAUUUUUCUUUCAAAAAAUAUCGAUGACAAACGCAAUAUUUGUCCCUACCCGACUGUCGCUGUAAAGGCGUGGCGCUCGAACGAAUUUAGUGCGAGUGUCACGCCCACUCUGCUGGGUAACGCUAACGAGUCGACGCCGCACGGGUAGCUAGCUCCGCUUGCAGCUAGCCGAAGCAGACAGCUAGCAGCAGCAGCGACAGUCACGGACGGAAAAGGCGCAGACAUGGGAUGUGAACAGGACCUGUCAUCGCUCUCUUUUCGCCGUGUGGCUGCGGUCCGCUAGCUUGCAGCCUAGCACGGCGCGUUCUGUCAAAACACCGUCGUCAAACCGGACGGACUUGCCAACACUAUAUUGUUAUUGUACAGCAGCCGGAGCCAGGGCGUUUUCUGUCAUUCUGGCACUGAAUUUUUAAUGUUCGACCCUUUUGGCAUAAUUGUCGGAGGAGAGAGCGAUGGGCUCCGGGGCUGUGGACUCAUCCCAGUGGCUUUCGGUGAAAGAGGAAACCAUUUUUCUCCACGAUGGCCUCAUUCGGGUCACAGAUCUGGCCGAACUCCCGAGUGAAAUUGGAGUGUCGGAGCAGGGGGACACCGAGCAGGAGAUUCUGACAUUUGAGACGAAGAACCCAGUUGAGCUGGCCGAGCGUCUACGUGCAGUCUGUGGAAAUCAGAGUAAUGCUUAUGCCCGCCUGCUGGAAUACCGACUCAAUGCUCUGCGUGGCCUGUGGGGGGCACAGCGGCAGCUGGCCAUGGAGGAACAACAGGAGCGAGAAGGGGCCGGGGGUGCUGAUGAGGAGACCUUGGCCUUGCUCAAAAGACAAGGUCUGCUCCAGCAGCCUGAGCAGGCUCCCUUUACCUCCCGUGUCGGCCUGCUGCUGGUCUUCCCCCUUCUACAGUCACAGACCCGCAGUGACCCGGCGCUCUGUGGUGUCACCGCGGAGGUGCUGCUGUCCUGUCUCCGGGACUGCCAGCCACUCAGUCUCAGCAAAGAGCCUGCCGACUGCCUGAAUGGCCUGGAAGGGCUGCUCUGCUCCUGGUUGGAAGAUGGUGCUCAGGAGUCCAUCCAAACGCAAAAGGCCGUUCAAAUGCAGAUUCUUCGCACUCCCAGAGAUCGGGAAAAUGCUGCUGCUGCACUGGUUGCACUUGCCUGUGCCAGGGGAUCUUUAAAGACCUUCAUCCACACAGUGCACCUACUGCAGAAACAGUCGGAUCUGGGCCAGCUCCCAGUGUCAGAUGUCCUGUUCAGGCUUUUACUCUUGGAAGGAGGGCCGGGCUCUUCAUCAUGCCUGCUCGGGGGGAAACACAGUGUGUCAUGGGGAUUUGAGGAUAUGCUACCUACACCUGAUAACUCUGCUGGAGGAGCUGAGAAUAAAGACACCGACCUGGGGCGCUGUCUGGCCACAGACGGGCUCUACCUGUACACCACUAACUCCUCUGGGAGAGGAGUCAGUAAGCUCGGCUCUGGCUUACAUGGAACACUAAGGGGGUUUGUUUACUGUCGAAACGAGGAGUUGGAGCCUGGUUGGGUGGUGUACAGCAGUUGUCGCCUUCUCCACCGCCCUUCUGCCUUUGACACCAAGCCUCAGCAGCUGUGCCAGGUCAUUGACCCCUUCACGUUACAGGUUUGUCAGAUUGUCCCCAUGCCAGCCCAUCACUUUCCAGUGGGUAGCAGCUUGACUACGCUGCAUCUCUGCUCAGAUGGAACCUACCUAUAUUGGGUGUGGUCGCCGGCCAGUCUCAACGAGAAGACCCAGAAGGGCCAUUCAGUCUUCAUGGAUGUCUUUCACCUUUCUACACAGACAGGACUGUGUGUUGCCGACAUCUUGCAGGAGAGAGUUAUUCUGACUCGCAAAGAAGGCGAGUCUUCCAAGUGCUUGAAUGAGCUUCUUUUGAGUCGAAUGUCUCGCUUCCGGGCCUCACAUUCUGCCACAUUGGCUGCUCUCACAGGCUCUACCAUCACAAACACUGUCAAAGAGGAGCAGUCUGCUGUCAACACAAGCUGUGGACUCCCUCUGAAGACUCUGAGGAAGACCCCAAUGUAUGUGUGUGGAACAUACUUAGUGAUGCUAGUCCCGCCUCCUGGUGUAUCUGGGAGCUCUGCUACACGCUCACUGUUUGGAGGCAGUAGUAGCUUGUCCUCUCUGAAAAUAUUAGCCUCUAGUUUAGUCUUCAACCUUGCUGAUGGCCAGUUCAGCAGCCGCGCUGACCUCAUCGAUGCCCCUGGCAGUUCCCUAGGCAGAGGAGCUCAGGUGGCAGGACUGGGAGCAUGUUAUGAUGCACUGAACAACUUGAUCUGGACUUGCUCUAGCGAUUACAUAGAUCAGUGGUGUAACCCGGGGAAUCAGGCCUUUCAUCAUGUGUGCCAUAGGUUGGGUGUGAGCCAUAUCAUAAGAGAACCCAAAGAAGAAAUGAUGGCUACCAAUGAAGUGAUCAAUCAGCUACUUCAUCAUGUAGGUGCCAUGUGUGUCCACCAACUUAACCUGCUAGCAGCCAGCAGUAACAGUCUGCCCCUGGGUGCCCUGCUGGGCAAACAACAUCCUAUCGAGGCCAGUCACUUUAGCAGCAUCUGUGACAUAAUGGAAAAGGCCAUGGUCAGUGGAGAUACCAGCAUCAUCCGCUGUGUUUUGGUCGUGUUUCAGGUUGUAUUUAGGUUCUUCAACCCUCAAUCAGAGCAGAACAGAGAAAGUGUGCGUAGGGCAGGCCUGCUCUUAUGGCAGCUACUAAUGGCUCCGGUGGAUCAAAUAGGGGCUGAGAUUCAGAGAGAGGUGUGCUUGGCCAUCAGCUCAGGCCUAAAUACUUUGUAUCAGGGGGAGACUGAACUCAACAAAUUGCUGAAACUUGUUUUAAGUGAAGGUGAACGGAAUAGUGGGCUGUCUCAGCUUCGGGAUGUCAUCCUCACCAACAUGGCUGAUCUACUGCAGAAAAAUAGGUUUGGAAGUGAAGAAGAUGACCACUAUAGGCUGAGUGAUGACCUACUGCAAUGUAUUCUAAAGACUGUAGUUCGGGAAUCCUGCCUUCUCAUAACCAAAUGUCAGACAGUCGCUCGCGAUGACUUUCAAAAGCUGCUCUCGACAGUGCCGGUGGUCUCUCCUUGUCUGCGCUACCUCAUGGCUGUUCAGAACCACCUCCUCAGUAACACCGUUCUUAUCCGUCCAGAUGAUAGCGAUGACAGUGACAGCUCCCUACAAGGGGAAACAAUGAAGGUACAGGAACUUCAAGGUAGCAUCCUCUCCUUAGCAACCAAGAUCCUGGUGGGAUGUGAUGAGGCACUGGAGACGCUGCAUCAGGUGACAACUGCUCUCAUUAACAGCGAGAUCCCUGACAAGGAAACCAGGUUGAAAGGUCUGGAGCAGGUUACUAAAGCCACGAUGCUGGGGCACUUAUUGCCUGUGUUGCUGACCUCUCUGAUGCACCCCAACCUGCAGACCCUCACGCUAGCUGAUGCCCUCAUGCCUCAGUUAGUGCAGCUGGUGUUAUACACCAGUCAGACUGCUCUGUUACUAAAGACUCAGGCUCCACUUUUCUCAGAAGAGCCACUUUUGGGGGGUUGUGUAGGGCAGGGGAUGAAGACCUCCGCUGCUGAGGACAAAAUUCUUGAUGAACGCGAGGAGCCCGGAUUCCUGACAGGACUAAAGAUCCCUGCCCCUUGGGCUGCUGGCAAGACGGUGGAGACAGUGCAUCCAGUGCGAGACAACUAUAAAUUCAAGGAGACUGUGCACAUCCCAGGGGCUCGCUGUUUGUACCUUCGCUUUGAUUCCCGCUGCUCUUCGCAAUAUGACUAUGACAAGUUGGUUAUUUAUGCCGGUCCCAACACUAAUAGUCGUAAAGUAACAGAAUAUGGAGGAAACACUCUGGGAUAUGGCAGUCGCAGUGUUUUGGGGACAGGAUGGCCCAAAGAUCUUGUCAAGGUUGAAGGUGACACUGUGACCUUCUCCUUUGAAAUGAGAAGUGGACGAGAGCACAACACUCCCGAUAAAGCCAUGUGGGGGUUUUCUUGCACUGUCAGAGCUCAGGAGUCAUCUGAGGAUGUCUCUGGAGGCCUCCCUUUCCUGGCAGACCUGGCACUUGGCCUGUCAGUGCUAGCUUGCUCAAUGCUGCGCAUUCUAUAUAAUGGGCCAGAGGUGACAAGAGAGGAGGACGCCUGCCAUGAUUUGCUGUGCUCGAAGCUGCUGCAAAGAUGUCAGUGGCAGGUCGAAGCAAAUGGUGUACUCUCUCCUGCUCUCACUCCAAGUCCUUCACCUCUGCCACUAACCAUUGAGGAGGACCGUGAAUUCACCUACCCCGCCGAUGUGCUCAUUCCGCCUCCAGGCUUUACAUCCGGUGCCUACUUUGACUUGCCGCGCAUACGCCUCCCUCCAGGCAUCAUGGGAAGGUUGCGAGAGGUAUCUGGAAGAGCUCGCCCACAGUUUCGUCCCAGCAUUAAAGAGGUGAUCCGACCAGAUGUCAUGGAGGAGGUUAUAGUGUCAUGUGUCAUAAAGCAUCUCAGUUUGGUGGAUGGCCUGCAGUCACUUGUCAACUACCAGUACCGUGAAGACCACACAGAAGAGUUUGACCUGGUCUGUAAGAUCAUGGCAGAGACCUUCAAAAAGAUAAAUGCGAUGGAGCGUCAACUGCAGAGUGUAGCAGAAUUGGAGCAGAAGUGGCAGAAUGAGGUAGAGGAGGCCCAGCAGGGAAAGCUGGACAACAACACUCCUUUCUUUCAUGACUACCACUUCUUUGAGGCUAAGAUUAAAGAGCUUGAACUACUUUGCUCCCUGAAAGAUGUCCCCCUUGAUUUUAGUGACUUGGAAAAUGUUGUCCUUGGAUUGAGAGAGAAGUUCUUUCAUGAGGUAAACACCAUGAACCUUAAAAGUAGCACCCCACUGGUUAAAACUAAGGCACUUGUGAAGAGUUUGAUGAACCGUACAGAGCUACUGCUACAUGUUACCAUUGCACCACAUUGCAGAAGCUUAACCACAACGCCUGUUGGAACACCAGGCACAGCUUCUAAGUCUGUAUCAGACGGCAAGACUGCCCUCUCGAUUGUGAAGCAGCCAGUCUUCCUGCGCAGCAUGUCUGCACCCUCUGACUUAGAGAUGAUUGCUAACCAAGAUUUGGAGUUUACACAUGCUACUCAAAGGAGGCGACAUCACCCUACCAGUCAUCGCAGUAGCUCAUUUACACUGCUGCAGUCUCUGGCAGUUGAAGACAGUAAAGAUAAGCCAACAUACAGUGUUCUACUGGGUCAGCUCUUUGCAUUUAUCGGCACUACACCUGAUCAAGCCGUAUCAAGCAGCAGUUUCCUGUCUGCGGCGCAGACACGUUGGCACCGUGGGAGCACACGAAGGCAGGCGCUUGUCCAUAUGAGAGAGCUGCUCACCGCUGCUGUCAGAGUGGGUGGGGUCACCCACCUCGUUGGGCCUGUUACUAUGGUCUUGCAAGGGGGUCCAAGGAUUGAGGAGCUGACCUGUGGUGGAAUGGUAGAGCAGGUGCAGGAGGCCUUUGGGGAGACGAUGACGUCUGUUGUCUCUCUUUGUGCUCGCUACCCCAUUGCCUGUGCCAACAGUAUCGGCUUACUUUGCACAAUACCCUACACAAGGAGCGAGGAGCAGUGUCUAGUUCGGAGUGGGCUGGUUCAGCUAAUGGACAGCUUAUGUAGCUUGAGUGGUCAGAGGGAGUGCAGCUCAAAUGAGAAGCAGACCAAAAAGCAGAAGGUAGCCACCAUGGCCUGGGCAGCUUUUCAGGUGCUUGCUAACCGCUGCAUUGAGUGGGAGAAAGUGGAAGGUGGCUCGACAGAUGGAGUACAUUCUGGGUUGGCUCGGCAGGUGUCCAGUUUGCUGACCAAUCAUCUGGCCAGAGCUACCGAGUGCUGUGGGAAUCAAGCAGCUGGCAAUGAUGCCUUGCAAGAUGUGCUCAGUCUUCUCAAUGACCUUUCCAGGAGCCACAUAGGAAAAGCUAUCCUGAGCCAACCAGCCUGUGUUUCGAAGCUCUUGUCUUUGCUGCUUGACCAGAGACCUUCCCCAAAGCUGGUGCUCAUCAUCCUGCAACUUUGUCGAGCUGCCUUGCCUCUCAUGAGCGUGGAAGACUGUGGUAACGUGGCCCUACCAUCAUGGAGCUUUUCUAUUAACACGCUCGAAGCGGAGCAACAAGAUGCUAACGACCCAGCCUCACGUAUCGCUGCUUUGCUGCUGGCCAAGCUGGCAGACUAUGUGGUGCCAGGCUGCCAGACCUUGUUGUCUCCCAGCUCUUCUGAGCCAGAUACUAGUCUGUCUCGAGCCAGUUCCAAAGGAGCCCUGAAGGCUGAAGAUAUUGGGGAAGAAGGUGAAGCAGUUGAUGGUAAACUAUCGAUCUUCAUCCACAAGAGAGAGGAUCAAUCCUCUCACGAGGUUCUUCAACCACUUCUAAGCAGUUCUGAGGGACGCCCCUUUCGGCUUGGCACUGGUGCAAACAUGGAAAAGGUUGUCAAAAUGGACAGAGAGAUGACCAAAAGUGGACACUGUGAGGUGAUCACAGAGGAAGCAUCUGCUGCACUGAGGAAGGCCACUAAAUGGGCUCAGUCUGGUCUGAUAGUGAGUGUUGGUCCGCCUGUAGAGACUCUGACACAGGAGACUGCUGGAGGCAUCACAACGGGCGACAAGAAGAAAACUGCCCAAACAUCUGCUUGUAGGGACAGGAACACUGAGCUGGCCAGGUCGGAUCCUGUCAGGCCGUUCAUCAGUGGGCAUGUUGCCAACAGUAUGGCUGCUGAGGUUAUUGCUCUGUUGCAUAGUCUACUUACUGCUCCGGAGUCAAACACGGCACAAAUCUGGACGAGCACUGCUGAAAAAGUCCUGUCCAGGGCACUGAUGUUCAUCCCUCAAUUGGGGAAGUAUGCAGAGAGUAUUUUGGAAAACGGGAGCAGCAGUGGUAGGAAGCUGGCUAAGCUUCAGGCCAUUGGCAGGCAGGCGGUUGCUGCACUCUGUGCUCUGGGUGGCUUCAAAGAAACCAUUAAAAUAGGGUCUGAGGUCCAGGUCAUAGGUAAAGGAGUGCUUGGCAGUGUGGGUAUUGUGAUGUCUAUCAAUGAGCAAGAGGGCAUUGCAACUGUCAAAUUCCCCUCUUGUGACUACAGGAGAACUUGUAAAGCCUCAGAUGUGCUGACAGUACCAAUAUCACGCCUGUGUACACCCAGAUCUGAAGCAUUGCCCUUGUACAAGCUAUCGAUCACUGAGAAGGUAGUGCAAGCAGUGCAAUCCAUGCUUCUGCCACAGGAGGGCAGCCUGUCCAUUCACACCUCUCUACCAGCUUCUGGAGAUGGAUCCAGCCCGGUGAUGGCUGCAGUUCGCUUGCUUGCUGAAAUUAGAACCAGGGCAUGCCUGGUAAUGGCACAGCUCUUGGAGGACAGUUCCUUUUGUGAAGAGUUCAUCCAGCAAUGUCCUGCAGCUGUGGAGGUGCUCAACCUGGUUGCUCAAGAAUGUAGUCCUGGAGAGCGUCUUGGUAUCGUUGAGGCGCAGUGUGAAAGAGUGCGAAUGCUAUACAGAGACUGUGCUCGUCCACCUCCGCCACCCCUUCAGACAGACAGACGCCAGCCCAAGGAAAUCACCUGGUGUCCCUCCCGAGUGUUCCCUCCAGUCCGGGCCUGCAUGUUCUCAUCUCGUCUUACCUCUGUCACUUUCUUGGCUGACCCGAGUGCUGGAGGAGGGCUCCCCCGGGGCACCUUCAUUUAUGCCACCUCUCCUGUGCCAAUUCAGGCACCUUCUUUUUACUGGGAGAUAGAAGUUGUCUCCUAUGGAGACUCUGAAGAGGAUAGUGGCCCCAUUGUGUCCUUUGGUUUUGCCACUGAGGCUGAAAAGAGAGACGGAGCAUGGACCAACCCUGUUGGCACGUGUCUGUUUCACAAUAAUGGAAGGGCAGUGCAUUACAAUGGCUCGAGUCUAUUGCAGUGGAAAAGUGUCAGGCUAGAUGUUUCUCUUCUUCCUGGUGAUGUGGCUGGAAUAGGCUGGGAGCGUUCAGAAGGUACACCUCCACCUCCUGGUCAGGCCCCAAAGGGACGGGUCUAUUUCACCUAUUGUGGUCAAAGGCUCAGUCCAGUCCUUGAGGAGGUGGCAGGUGGAAUGUGGCCCUUGGUUCACAUUCAAAAGAAGAAUUCAAAGAUUCGGGCCAACUUUGGAAACCGUGCAUUUGCAUACGCUGAAGGCCAAGCACACAGGAAUGCUGCAGACUUGUGCAUUGACCUUGCAGAAGAAAUAAGUGCAAAUUUUGAAGCGCUCCCCUUUGCCAUGGCUUCAGACAGUGAUAAUGAUGCAGGCGCAAGUGUUACAUCUGACUCAGGCUCCCAUGGACCCCCCUGUCGGAUUGCAGCAGUGGCGGUCCUUCAGCAACAAUACAACAGUGACCUGUCCUGCCAUUACAAGGUGGAACUGAGCUAUGAGAACCUCGUUACUUCGGGGCCUGAUCCACACCCUCCACCUAUUGCAGAUGAUGAGAGUGACGAUGAGGAUGAUGAUGAUGCCCCCAGGGAGGACCACUACGCCUUGCUGGUAAAGGCGUGGGAAACCAAAGUGUUCCCCACCAUUAGAAGGAGGUUCCGUAAUGAAGCUGAGAGGAAAUCUGGUUUGGACCAAAUCAAAGGAGCCCUGCAGUUAGGCAUGGUCGACAUUGCAAGACAGACAGUGGAGUUCUUGUAUGAGGAGAAUGGCGGCAUUCCUCGAGACCUAUACCUCCCCACCAUAGAAGACAUCAAAGAUGAAGCCAACAAAUUCACUAUUGAUAAAGUUCGCAAAGGUUUGACUGUGGUCAUCCGCUGUACGGACAGCAACAAUACCAAUAGCACUACAGGGGGGACAGCACUGCCCAAGUUUGCCAUCCGGGGCAUGUUGAAGACUUUUGGCUUGCAUGGAGUAGUGUUGGAUGUUGACUCUCUGAAUGAGCUUGUCCAGGUGGAAACCUACCUUCGCAGUGAGGGCGUGCUGGUGAGGUACUGGUACCCUAUUGAAAUUCUGGAGCGGCCGCCUGCUGGAUCUCGACGUACUGCAGCCAGUGGCUUAGUCUCUUUAGACAGCAGCAACAUUCAGAUUCACAGGGAGCUACUUCGCUCUGAGAGUGCACUGGCUCGUUUAUAUUGCCGAAUGGCCCUACUGAACAUCUAUGCCCCGAAAAAUCCCCACACAUUCACUCGUCUCUUCCACAUACCUGCGAUCCGAGACAUCACCUUGGAACACCUACAACUUUUGUCUAAUCAGCUGCUGGCUCCACCCCUCCCUGAUGGCACUAUUAGUUCUGGUUCGAUCCUCCUGGCCCAGUCUGUGCUUCACAACCUUCAAGACCAAAGUUGCUCUCCCACAGACCUAUUUUACCAGGGCAAUUCUCAACCCAUCCGAGAGUGGCUAACUGUGGCCAUCACUCGUGCCUUGCAUCAAGGAGAGGAAAGCUUACUUGAGCUAACUAAACAGAUCUGCUGUUUCCUUCAGCAUGCACCAGAGCAGUUUACAUCUGAGGAGUUCCCUGUAACAGAGUCAAAAGUGAGCAUGGAUGUCAGUUUUCCAGGGGCCGCAUUUGUGAUCGUAUCUUGCAAAGAGAGCCAACUUGGCUGCCGCAAAGACUCUAGCCUGUACAAGGCUCCCUGGGCACGGGUGAUGCUGUAUGGUCUGGGUCACAAAGUUCACCGAAAUGGGCAGCUUAAUCUGAUGGAAGCUGUGUGCUAUCCUUUGGAUGCCUCACCUGCCAACACAGGCCUUACUCCCCCGCCUACCACCAACCAAUAUCCCUCUGUUAUCAUCCCCACUGAUAAAGUGCACAUCAAGCUGGGUGUGUCGCCCCCUCCUGGUGCUGUAGUAGUUCUACAUUCCCUGCCUCUGGAGUUUCCUCUGGCCAUGGCAUUCGCCGAGCAGCUGUUGACAUGGAAGUUGGGAGAGAGUAGUGAGCGGUCAGAAGACGAGCUCGACACAGUGCCGUCGUCUGUACUGCUGCAAGUGGUGGAACUGCUCGGUGGUUUACUUUGGACUACAGAUUUGGCUCCCUCCAUCAAAGAACUGAUUUUUCACUUGCUGGCUGAGCUCUUGCGUAAGAUUCACCACUUGGAGCAGCGUAAAAGCCCUUCUGGCUUGUCCAGCUCGAUCGCUCUGCUGCUUAACCCCUGCCUCGCAGUACUCAUGGCCCUGCAGACAGAACUCCGUAAGCUCUACGAUCGUGAAACUCAGAGCUGGACUGCCGGAGGAGCUGGGGCUGGGGGAUCUUCAUCUGGAGGUGUUGCUUUGGCAUUGGCAGCAGAGCAGAGUCGGUUCUCCACCUACUUCCACGCUCUGAUGGAGGUCUGUCUCGCUGUGGCAGAGGUGACACUGCCUCUCAAUGUUGGAGGUUCCACAGUUGGAACUCUGACCUCCACCAGUGCCCCGAACCUGAGUGAUUCUUCGUCGUCGUCAUCAUCAUCCCCUGGCCAGACCCCACAGAGUCCCAGCCUGCUGUCCAAACGUAAGAAGGUAAAGAUGAAGCGCGAGAGAGCAGCGGCUGCAGUGGCUGCAGUGGUCUCCGGUAAAAGGGGGAGUGGAGGUGCCCGUCUGUCAGAGAGUGACAGUGCCCUGCUGAACAUGGCGGGUAGCAAACCUGAAGACAUGCUGUGGUUCCACCGCUGCCUCACUCUUCUGAUGAUUCUUAGACAUCUUGCAAAUAAGGAUCCCCAGGGUUUGAGUGUGACAAGUGAUGCAGUGACAGACGCUUGCCAAGCUUUGGUGGGUCCGACAGCCCACAGCCGCCUUUUGGUGCUUUCGGGUAUCCCUACACACCUGGAAGAGGCAGUGGUUCGUAAUGCUAUCCGUCGGGCUUGCAAUGCGCACGGAGGGCUUUUCAAAGAUGAAGUGUACAUACCUCUGCAGGAAGAGGACCCUAAGAAAACUAAAACAGGGGCUCGAGUCGCAAGCCCUCAGGCUGGCAAAGUGAGCACUGAGUCUGAGCGCCCUUUCCCCCACGGUGGAGGUCCUGAGAGUCCUGACAGCUCCAGCAGCGUUACCCCAGCUCUUAGUGUGAGCGCAUCAGCUUCGACCAGCCAGACCUCCAUUUGCAGCUCCUCGCAGGGACGCUCUCGCACCGCCAGUGAACUUUCUGUCGAUCAGGAACAAUUAGCUGUCCCCACUGUCAACUCCGCCGCAGCAGCGUCUGCUGGAAACCACCCCCAGCAGGGCUCCCAAGAACCACAGACUGUUUCUAGUCAGGAGAGUCUAGAUACUUCUCUUUGUAGCACAGGAAGCUUGGGGAGUCUUGGCAGCUUAGGGGAGCCUGUGGAAAGUGCGGAGACACCGUCGGUGUCAGACGGAGGCUCUGUGCAUACGGUCACCUCGCAGGAGAGCAAUGCAGUCCUGGCGAGGCCAAUCAAAGGUUAUGCUGUCAUUGAGGUGCGUUCUCGAGCCAAAGUGGAAAAAAUACGUGCCAGUCUCUUUAACAGCAGUGACCUGAUUGGUUUGUCCAGUCUGGAAGGUGAAGAGGAGCUAAUGGAGUUGACCAACGAGGAGAUCCUCACAGCCUCAAGCGUUAACCAAAGUCUGUUUGACACUCAGGGAAGCUCUGCUCUGGAAGACUAUUUUCUGGACAAAUCCAUUCGAGGUGACAAGCUUGUUCCCGGAGCUCGAGACGUUCUUAUGGAUAUUUUUAAGAGUUGUAUGCACUCGGAACAAAUGCUCAGCCUCACACCUGCCAAGCCAGUGAAAGUGUCUGAUAUUUACCUCAGCAAAGAGCAAAUCAACUCUCAGACCCCUGGCAAUCUAUUGCACACCUUCUUUACCAAUGUACGGCCUCCUAAGAAAGUACUUGAAGACCAACUCACUCAGAUUCUAAGAAAGUAUGGCAUUCCCAAACCCAAUAAAAACAAAUACAGCAAGGUGGGAAAAGAACAGCAUCAAGGCAAGGUAGUAAGUACCAAGAGGCCAAUCACCAAACCUCCCACUAAGGAAAAGUCUGUGCUUAACAGUGUAAGGACUGCACUCAGUGAGAAAAAGACAGUGCUUAAACCCAAAUCUCCAGAGAAAUCCAGACCUGAUGAGAAAGAUGUGGAAAAGUCUCCUGCUAAAAAACUUGAAGUCUCAGAGGAGAAGUACCUGACAUUGGAGGGCUUCCAUAGGUUUGCGGUUGACCGAGCCAAGCAGGACAUCCGCAGCAUCUGGAGGGCAAUUUUGGCAUGUGGCUAUGACCUCCACUUUGAAAGGUGCACCUGUGUAGAUACACGGCAUGCCCAGAAGACUUGUAGGAAGUGGACUUUAGAAAUGGACUUUGCGUUGGUCCAGUACAUCAAUAGGCUGUGUCGUCACCUUGCUAUCACACCAGCCCGACUACAUCCCCACGAAGUCUACCUGGAGCCCAGUGAUUGUGUUGAUCCACGUGUGGCCUGCCUGCUUAAUGUGUCUGUAGAGAGCUUGCGCUUGCGUUUUGCUCUGCUCCAGUCGCUCAACAACACACUGGAGAGUUUCUUCCUGCCACUGGUGGAGCUAAGACAGACGUGCACUUAUCAGAACAGCAUUGCGACCUUGUUAUGUGAGGCGAAAGGACUGAUUUACUAUGACACUAAAGUCUCUGUAAUGAACAGAGUACUGAAUGCCACAGUACAGCGAACAGCCGACCAUGCAGCUCCAGAGAUUACAUUGGACCCUCUUGAGAUUGUGGGAGGUGAAAUUCGAUCUUCAGAAAACACGUACUUCUGCCAGGCUGCACGUCAGCUUGCAUGCAUGCCGUCGUCACAGCUUUGCGUGAAACUAGCCAGCGGAGGGGACCCAACCUACGCUUUCAACAUCCGUUUCACCGGCGAGGAAGUUCACGGCACCAGUGGUUCCUUCAGACACUUCCUCUGGCAGGUAUGCAAGGAGUUACAGAGUUCCGCUCUUUCUCUGCUGCUGCCUUGUCCCAGUGCUGCAGCCAACCGUAACAAGGGAAAGUACAUCCUGACACCAUGUCCUAUCAGCUAUGCAGAGGAGCAGUUGUUACACUUUUUUGGUCAGCUACUGGGCAUCGCCAUCCGUGCAGAUGUGCCCCUUCCUUUGGACCUCCUGAGCUCUUUUUGGAAAGGUCUGGUGGGCGAGGCCCUCGACCCAGAGCAGGACCUACAGGAAGCAGAUAUGCUCACGUACAAUUAUGUCAAGAAGUUUGAAAAUGUGAAUGAUGAUGCUGAGCUGGAGGCACUCUGUGCUGAGAUUUCCUCCCAGCACCAUUCGGGCGAGAGUCCCGACACUCCCAGCAGGCCCUGCUGUACCUUUACCUACAUCACCAUGACUGGUGAGGAGGUGGAGCUUUGUCAAGGAGGGCGGAACCUCACUGUCAGCUGGGAGAAUAAGAAUGUGUACGCACGGGCAGUACAGGGCCUUCGUUUGAGGGAGCUGCAGAAUGUUGAGUGCAUGACAGCGGUGCGUGCGGGGUUGGCGUCCAUAAUUCCCCUGCAGCUACUAACCAUGCUCAGCCCACUGGAGAUGGAGCUGAGGACCUGUGGCUUGCCCUACAUUAACCUGGAAUUCCUCAAGGCUCACACCAUGUAUCAGGUGGGUCUGAUGGAAACGGACCAGCACAUUGAGUUCUUCUGGACCGCUCUGGAGAUGUUCACUCAGGAGGAGCUUUGCAAGUUCAUCAAGUUUGCCUGCAACCAGGAACGUAUCCCCUUCACUUGUCCCUGCAAGGACGGAGGACCCGAUACGGCCCACGUCCCUCCAUACCCCAUGAAGAUUGCUCCACCUGAUGGAGCAGCAGGUCAGCCGGACGCUCGCUACAUCCGCGUGGAGACCUGUAUGUUUAUGGUCAAACUGCCUCAGUACACUUCUUUGGACGUGAUGCUGGAGAAACUACGCUACGCCAUUCACUACCGCGAGGACCCGCUCAGUGGCUAAGACUUGA